AUGAGUGUAUCCGAAUCAGCACCCGCACCGAGCGAGAUUCAACAGAUAUCGAUACCUUCCCAAAAUAUGGACGUAGAUACUCUUGCUCCAGCCUCAGAACCCUUAACUCAAUUCCAACAACCUCCACCUUCCAAUAAACGCAAGACCGAAGAUGAUGAGCCGAAAGAACCUCUGUCGGAGGUGAUACUGAGACGUUUGACGAGGAUAAAAGAGGGUGAUACGGUGAUGUUGAAGCUGCCUAGUGAUGCUAUCAAGGUGAUUACGGUGGAGAAGAACGGUCUCAUACAGCUAGGUAAAUACGGAGCAUUCCCAUCUUCCCAACUUCUCGGAAUGCAUUACGAUAUAACCUACGAGAUCAUCGGUGGACCAUCUGCUUCCGGAUCAGGUAGUAGUACCCCUCUGCCAUUUAUGAGCGAAGAGAAUGGACAGAAUACCAAGAAUAAGAAGAAAGGAAAAUCGAAAGAAAAUGAUAAUAGUAGGACUAAUCCCGGUUGGAAAAAUGUUUUAAGGCCGUUGAAAAGACAGAAUGUUGUUGAUGCCGUUGUGGACGACAUAACGGAAACCAACGAGCAUAUCCACGAUUUACCAGAACUGGAAAAACAGACAUUAUCGCACGAUGAGAUCAACGAAUUGCGGUCGCAGGGUCUAUCAGUAGAAGAGAUAAUAAAAAAGCAGGAAGAAGCGCAUGAGAUGUUCAAGUUGAAAACCGAGUUUAGUAAAGAGAAAUGGAGGAGGAGGAAAGAGAAGAAAUUCUCUACCACUGUUCAUCCAUUAUCACCUUCCAUUCCUAAUAUCCUACACCAUUACUCCGAAAGGUCUCCCGCAUCAGUUCUCCAUCUCCGAGUCGACACCCUCUCGCAGUUAUUAAAUAUGGCAAACAUCCGACCCGGCGGGCGAUAUUUGGUAGUAGACGAUACGAGCGGUCUUGUCACUGCUGCCAUUUUAGAACGGAUGGGAAGCGAAGGGAAGAUAUUGUUGUUCAACAAUAGCGAUUCACCGCCUGCGUGGAGCAUAUUACAAUCUAUGAACAUAAGCGAGAGGGAAUUGAAAGGUGUGAAAUGUUUGAAUUGGAUGGAAGCGCAGGAGGAUUACGAGAGACCCCCGCCACCGCCUGAAGACGACAAUGCUAAACCCGCCAAAGUCGCCCAGCGAUUGCGCAAACACAAUGCUCAAGUUGCCGAACUGAAUGCUACGAGGGAUGAACUGCAUAUGGGAGGAUGGGACGGAUUGAUUCUCGCCACGACACUAUCCCCGAUCUCUGUCCUCUCCUUCCUCACCCAAUACCUAAUAGGUUCAGCACCCAUCGUAGUCUACUCCCCACAUAUGCAGGUCUUAGCGGAGCUUCUCGCCUGGUCAAAGAAAGAUCCACAUUACUUACAUGAUACCCUAUCGGAAUCUUGGGAGAGGACGUACCAGGUAUUACCUGGACGGACUCAUCCGAUGAUGAAUACCAGUACGUCCGGCGGGUGGUUAUGGUCUGCUAUAAGAGUCCAUCCCAGUCAAUUCCAACCUGAAUCUCACUCGAGAUUCAAGAGGCGUAAGACGGGGAAACAAUCGGGUAAAGAAACCCCCUCAGGCGAAGGUGGAAAUGCUAGUGCCGAAGAGAAAAAGCAAGAUGAAAGUGGAGCGGGACCUGGAGUCGAAGUCGAGGCGGAAAUGCAGUCGAAAGCGGAUACGAGUAUUUCAGAACAAGCUGUAUCGGAAAUAUUGGGUGCUUGA